GGAAAGGGAGAGGUGGGGAGACAGAGCACAAGAGAUGCAGAGAGGAGGAAACUGGCUACUGACAUUCUCCUUAAGCCUCCCACAAAUAACAGCCAUUAGUGGGAAGGUCAGGAGCUGAGCAGGCAGCUUGACUAAGGCACUGAGUACCACUUCAGAAAGCAAGAGGCUAGCAAAUUUUAGAGGGAGUUUAAGUGGGUAAUAGCUGGCUCUAAAGGUACAGCCACUGUUGGCACAAUUGACUCAUAGGGGCUGUUUUCUCCCCCUUCUACUUCUUCUUCUUCCUCCUCCCCUCCUCUUUCCAUGCAACUAGAAUAUUUUUAUUGACCACAGGUGGACUUAAUAUAUUUAAAGGCAACAGUUCUUUGGGCUCUUGUUUCUCAGAUACUGAAUUUGCAGCUUUUGAGACUGGGUUUUUUUUAGUGUGUGUGUGUGCUUAAUGGUGGUGAACUGGAGGGAAGUUUAACAGAAAAGCUUUCAGGAGAUGCCAGGAUCUAAAGGGGAAGACACAUUUGUGUCAACAUAGCGUUUGCUUUCUCAUCUUUCCUCAUUGCACACUAAUGACACCCGGCUGCCACUGAAGCUUUCUUGUGAUUCUUUUGUUGUUUUGUGAGAGAGUGAGGUUUAUUGUUGCUCUCCAGUUAAGGGAGAGCUUGCGAGAGUGGUACAUUUGUCCUCUCCAUUUGUAGAUUUUAUUAGAAGAUGAAUGUUCCUUACACAUUAAGUUGAGGAAAAACUAGGCUCUUCUUCCCCAUUUCUUUUAACCUGACUUGGUGUUGGUUGUUUAUUUUUUUAUGAGAGGGCAUGAAUUUUGUUUUACAUUUUUGAAGUUGCAGUUUUUUAUGUAAUCCAUGUAGGUGUUUCUCUGCCUCUCGCUCCUCCCUCCGGUUUUUCCUCAUAGGAGACCAAAGUACGUAACAAUACUGUACUGGGAAAAUGCAAAGUGCAUUGUUCUAAAUAGAGCUUGGUUUUUAAAAAGUAGUUGGUGGCAGUGGCUUUCGGUUUUUCAUUGUAUCUAGCCUGUGUUAGCAAUCUUUAUGCUGGUGGCAAUCCUAAAAGGAAAUGCUGUGCUGUUUUUUGUUUUUUUUGUUUUUCUGGCUAGAGUUGCCUUUUUAUUUCGUUCAUUUCACCCACUCCCUUUUGUGAUCUGAAAGGUUAUUGUAUAUUCCUCAUCCAAGAACUUUACAUUUUUUUAUAAGAAAAAAAUCAACUUUUGAUCUUUAUGGAAAAGAGAGAAGACACUUCUCUUUCCCCUGACUUCUGCUCCUUGAGGCAUUUUAGGCAAUUAACAGGGGAAAACAAAGAAGUAAGAGAUGAAACAUGCAUGCAGUUUUUUCCUAGUUUUCUUUUUAAAAGAAGUUGGAGAUCGUCUUAUUUCAUCCCACCCCCUUCUUUUUUGUCAGAAGAGGCAGAAGUGGAUGUGAGAGACAGAGACACUCAGAGAGACACAGAACGAAAGAGGGCAAGAGACUUGACUUUAAGAGACUCCUUUGCUGACAACUCCAUGCAGUUCGGAACAAGGACAGCAGCGGCCGAAUCUGGUUUCAUGGGGACAUGGCAGAACGCUGACAGUAACCUCUUGUUCAGAAUGUCCCAGCAGGCCAUACGCUGCACACUGGUAAAUUGCACGUGUGAAUGUUUCCAACCGGGGAAGAUAAACUUGAGAACCUGCGAUCAGUGUAAACAUGGAUGGGUGGCGCAUGCUUUGGACAAGCUCAGCACGCAGCAUCUGUACCACCCAACGCAAGUGGAGAUUGUACAAUCCAAUGUAGUGUUUGACAUCAGCAGCCUAAUGCUCUACGGGACUCAGGCCGUUCCGGUGAGACUGAAGAUAUUGCUGGACCGACUCUUCAGCGUCUUGAAACAGGAAGAAGUGUUGCACAUCCUGCAUGGUUUGGGCUGGACACUUCGGGACUACGUUCGGGGUUACAUCCUUCAGGAUGCUGCAGGCAAAGUGCUGGACCGCUGGGCCAUCAUGUCCAGGGAAGAAGAGAUUAUUACCCUUCAGCAGUUUCUGAGGUUCGGGGAAACCAAAUCCAUCGUGGAGCUGAUGGCGAUUCAAGAAAAAGAAGGGCAGGCAGUGGCUGUUCCAUCUUCAAAGGCAGACUCAGACAUAAGGACUUUUAUUGAAAGCAAUAAUCGAACCAGGAGCCCGAGUCUCCUUUCUCACCUGGAGAACAGCAACCCUUCCAGCAUCCAUCAUUUUGAAAACAUCCCCAACAGCCUCGCAUUCCUGCUUCCAUUUCAGUACAUAAAUCCAGUCUCUGCCCCUCUGCUGGGUUUGCCACCGAACGGCCUCCUGAUGGAACAGCCCACACUGAGACUGCGCGAGCCGAGCCUAUCGACCCAGAACGAAUACAAUGAAAGCAGCGAGUCCGAAGUCUCCCCAGCACCUUUCAAGAACGAGCAGACAUCCAGUAGGAAUGCCUUGACCAGCAUCACAAACGUAGAGCCCAAAUCUGAGCCAGCGUCCGUGUCCCCCGUUCAGACGUCCACCCCUAUCAACGAUUUGUCCAAGCCGGAACAUACGAAGAGCUCUUUCAGAAUUCAUAGGAUGAGGAGGAUGGGCUCCGCGUCGCGGAAAGGGAGAGUCUUCUGCAACGCAUGUGGCAAAACCUUUUACGACAAGGGCACCCUCAAAAUCCACUACAAUGCUGUCCAUCUUAAGAUCAAGCACAGGUGUACGAUUGAAGGCUGCAACAUGGUCUUCAGCUCGCUCAGAAGUCGCAACCGUCACAGUGCUAACCCCAAUCCCCGACUUCAUAUGCCCAUGCUAAGGAACAAUCGAGACAAGGAUCUCAUCCGCGCUACAUCAGGCGCCGCUACCCCUGUCAUAGCAAGUACAAAGUCCAGCCUAACGUUAACAAGCCCCGGCCGGCCUCCAAUGGGUUUUACCACUCCCCCGCUAGAUCCUGUGCUACAAAACCCUUUGCCUAGCCAACUUGUGUUCCCAGCUUUAAAGACUGUGCAGCCUGUUCCUCCUUUUUACAGAAGUUUACUUACGCCCGGCGAGAUGGUGAGCCCUCCAACCUCAUUGCCAACUAGCCCUUUAAUGCCAGCAGCUGGCAACAUAGAGCAGCUCCCUCUGCCGCCUUCAGAAUCAACAGCCCCUGCGUUGAUGAUGCCCACGCAAGAGGCCAAUGCUGAGCUUGCCCCUAAGAAGAAGCCAAGGAAGUCCAGCAUGCCUGUCAAAAUAGAGAAGGAAGUUAUUGACACCGCCGAUGAGUUCGAUGACGAAGAUGAGGAUGUCAACGAUAACCGGAGUGUGACUAACGAUGGCGGUCAUGACAAUCACUGUCAUUCUCAGGAAGAAAUGAGCCCUGGGUUGUCUGUGAAAGACUUCUCCAAAAACGGGAGGAACAGGUGCAUUUCGAGGACGGAGCUGAGAAGGGCAGAUAGCAUGACGUCAGAAGAUCAAGAGCACGAGAGGGACUACGAAAACGAGUCGGAAUCCUCAGAACCAAAACUGUGCGAGGAAUCCAUGGAAGGCGAUGAACCCAUGAUGCAUGAAAGAAACCACACAUCCAUGAUGAACCACGACAGGCCAGAUGAAAACCACCACGGCAUUCCCCACCAAGAUGAAGUUAAGGUGAAGGAAGAAUUUACCGACCCUGCCUAUGAGAUGUUCUACAUGAGCCAAUAUGGACUUUACAACGGAGGCAGCGCCAGUAUGGCUGCCCUUCACGAAAGCUUCACUUCAUCUUUCAACUAUAACAGCCCCCAGAAGUUCUCCCCAGAGGGCGAUUUGUGCUCAAGCCCAGAUCCCAAGAUCUGCUACGUGUGCAAGAAGAGUUUCAAGAGCUCCUACAGCGUGAAGCUCCACUAUAGGAAUGUGCAUCUAAAAGAGAUGCAUGUCUGCACAGUGGCUGGUUGUAAUGCUGCCUUCCCUUCAAGGCGAAGCAGAGACAGCAACAGCUAGUUCAUUGGGAACUGCACAAUCAAAUUCCCACCAAUCAAGGUAUGGGGGCCUGUCAUUCAUAGCAUCCUUUACCCUCUCCCCUGCCAGUUCUGGAAUUAGGCAAGCAAGGGAACCCAUUGACAACGAUGUUUGAAAAGGAAUCUUUCCAAAGCUAUAUCUUCUAUAAAUCGUUUUCCUGGACUAUUCUGUCCCCCCCCCAAAAAAAAUGAAUUUCUCUUCCCAACCUUCAGUUUUAGCCUUUCUGCCCUUUCCCCUCAUGUCAAAAGGUAGCAGAAACAUUAUUGACAAUCAGCAAUGGCAAACGACAAUGUCUCAAGACUAUAGAACAACCCUAAGAAAAAUGAAAGAGGGCAAUAGCAGAAAUGGGAAAGAUAUGUCAUUUUAGGCAGACAGAUGAGAAAUAAGUAUAGAACUGUUACAGCCCUCCUAUCCUUUGCCUUUUGAGGCUUUUGCAUGCAGAAAUACGACCAUGUUUAGAAUACUCUGUGGCCAAGGCAGGGCAACUCUCAUCCAUGGGGAUCAGUGAUUUCCUCCAGGCCUUCUACAGACAAGUGACAAAAACCUUUGGAUCAAACUGUCAGGCUUCUCCCCUCUUGUAAGAACUCAGUCCUGCCUAGUAUUAAAGAAGAGCUACACAACUUUGUAGCCCAUCAGCUGUGCACUUCAAUGUACAAGGCGCACAGAGAACCUCUGUUUUUAAUUUCCUCCUUGAGACUGCAGUUGCAAGGAGAUUUCAGGUAAAGGACCACACUUUAUGGGUUGUGGGCUACAUUUGCCUUGGUGGGACACAAGCUGUAUUGACAAGCUUUAAAAUGAAUGAAAGUUGCUCCUUUCUUUUUUUUAUCAGCCCAAGACCUGCUAAAGUUAAUAUCCAUUUUCUAUUGCUAUCAGCAAUUGACAAUGAAAAUCUUUCUUUCUUUCUUUUUACUUUGGGUCUGGUUACUUCAUGUUACUUCACUUUUUAUUUCCCAAAUUUAUGUAAAAUACAUGCACUUCCAACUGCUGCAAGUUGCAAAGAAAGGAACUUUAUGCUUUGCCUUUCUUUGAGUGAAGGAUGCUAAUUGUUGAAGUUUGUUUUUAAAUUUUCGCAGAACCAAAAGCAUGUGUGUUUGUCUGCAAGGUGGGAAAGGUGAUUGAGCCCCAUGAAUAAAUUUAAAAACAAAAUAAUAUUUGCUCAGGGUGACUUAUAAAUAAAUAUGAGGCAACUAUUGGUGCCAAGUGUGAUUCUGCCAUUAGGUUGCUAGUUAAAUCAGUCCAGAUUUAAACUUGUAAACUCCUUGAUUUGUAUGGAGAAAGACAUCUGUAUUUGGUUUAUUAAAACCUGCUGAUGUUUCCAGAACUAAAUUUGUGUGCAGAUAGGCCUCUGGGUGGUUAUAUCAAGAAAGCGGAAGCAUAUACAACUUGCUCAUCUAGUUACCUGACUUCCAGCCCUGUACAGGUGUGCUUGAAUAAAUUAACAUCAAAUACCUCUGAUGAGCCACUGCAUACAUUAUCAACAAAGGUGAAGAUGUGAAAACAUGCUACCUGCCUCCUGUUAUCACCUCUUCAACACAACAGCAACCCCCCCCUUUUCCCAACCAUCCCGCUAUGUUUGGAAACUUAUAAAGCAAACUUUUUGAGAUUGCUUUUCCAAGAAAUGUACGCAAUUUGGGGAUCCCAUAGCUACAAAAAAGAAGGUACUUUAUACUAGUUUGUAGUUGCCUUAAAUCUAUUUUCAGUUGGCUGUGGCUUCCAACUCUGUAGAUGAAGACAUAGUGUAUAGCUCUUUGGGCCAUAAUUUCAUCAGACAACUUUUAAUAUUUAUUGAAACUGUGUUUUUCUUUCUUUAAAAAAAGAUACCUAGACUUCAGUUGGUGCCCUAACUAGUGGCCCAUUCAACUGGUUAAUGGGCACUGCUCUGCAGGCCUAGGAACUAGUUUCUUGUCUUGGAGAAUCUACCAUACAGACCAAACUUUCUUUUUAUUUACUAAUGUCUUCCUCAGUUAACUUCAUUGCUAUCUUCAUUGGGGGGGGGGGAGAUUCAGAAGUAGAUUCAACCAUAAUGUCUAUCAUUAUUACUGCAACUACUACCAUUAUACUGUCGUUUUCAGAACUCUCUUGGUUUGAAAAUGGCUCUGAAUCCCAUUGUAAUUUUAGACUCCCUAUGGUACUAAGACUUUACAAGGGCUGGCAAAUAAUAAAUCCAGCACAAAGUUUUUCAUCCAGUGACCUUGGCAAAUCCCUGUUUCUAUUGAAUAAAGGCAUAUCUGGUUGAACAUGAGUUCCUUAGAUACUCCCCAUCGGUCCCCCUUGAACAUUGUCCUGGUCACAUGGCUGCUCAUUCGCAAACUGUUCUCAGGUAGCAUUCAUAUAUAUAUAUAUAUAUUUAAGUGCACUAUUAACUGCAUCUAAAAGUGUCAUAUAAAAUGUAAAGCACUAUCACUUUAAAUGCAGCUUGAGACCUCCUUGAAAGGGGGAAAAUAUCAGUGUGUUUAAGUUGGCUGAAAUCAAUUAUCUUCACAAAGGUAUGCAGAGAUAUAAUGAAGUUGAUAGAAAAGCUGAUUGUUCUGUAUGUGUUUGCAGUGUUAGAAUAGUAUCUAAAUCCACAACUAGAUGCAACUUAACUGUAACCAGGCAAUUUUAAAACAAUGCAACCCUGUCAAAUAAAUUGAUAUUGCAGGAAAGUUAAGCUAAAGCAUGGUGUUAAUUGCUUUUCUCAGAGAGCUUCAGGUGCCUUUCUUGAGAAAUAAUGAAGACCAUAUACGCUGGUGCAGAAGAAGAAAGAAAUGGGAAUUGUGAAAAAAGAGGGGUUUUGCUAAGGCUAAAUAUAUGCUAUCCUGUAAAGAUUAGGACAGUCAGCAGAGAUAAGAGACAGAUUAAAAGCACUUGUUAAACAAAGCCAUGCGCGAAGGAAAUCUUUACCAGAAUCCAUGUGUUGCACACUCAUUAUUACAGAUGAGAAUUUCUUGUAUGACUGAACCAUAUGGCCAUUAUGUGGCUUUUCCAGAAGUAGCUCCCAAGAACUGUUUUCCUCUUGGUUUUUAGCUUUGCAAGUGCAUCAUCUGUCCCAACCCUCCCCCUUUCCCUUUUAAAAAGAAAAUUAGCAGAAAAUUAAGGCCAGCUAUGGCAGCUUUUAGAAACUCAAUAUUUACCUGGCAGUUUACCAUUUAGUGAAGUGUGCCGUAGCAGUUAUUACCCUAUUAGAGAGAGAAAGAUUAUUGGAUAGAGCUGUAGUAUCUUCAAAACCAGUCUGAGAGGAGAAUCAUAGAGAUGGAGAUAGCAGCCCAUUUGUUGACAUUUCAGUGGUGAGCACUAUCCACAAGAUUUGAAACCAAUCUCUUUUCUGUUUUCUAGGAACAAGGAUUUGUAAAUAGAUACUCCGCUAUGAAUGUUUAAAAGAAAACUUCCCUUAGCACAAAAAGUGAGGUAAAUUCUUUUAAAGCCCUUUUUGAUCAUGAAAUCAUCGUCGGCGGUUCGCUAUGGCCAACAGACCAGAAAUAAACCAUACAGUACACAAAAAUAUUAAAUAUGAGACAAAUACAGGAAUGUAACUUAACAGCAGCAGCUCAGUUACAUACAAAAUAGCAAAUAACUUGGGGUUAUGCCUUAUCUUUUUUAAACCACAAACAAACAAACCAAUCAAUCCCUAUUGUACUGUGAAACAAUUUAGCUUUCUUGUGGGCUCUCUGGCACAAGUUGAAAUGGGGCAGGAAUAGCUGGAUCUGUCAGAGGAGGAGGACCAUGAGGGUUUUUUGGGGGGUGGGGGAGCUCUGGUGGUGAUGGAGAAGAGGGUCUCAUGCCACUGUGGCUGGGCACCUCUAUAAGACAAGGGGAGUUAGCUGGCUAGGUCCUGAUCUGCCGCAUGAGAACAGGCAGCUGGCAGAGCCAAGUAAGGGAGAGGCAGAGGGCUGGACACAGAUUCUGCCACCAAGGCACACAGCCCCCACCCAGGUAGGAGCAAUCCUUUGCAAGUGCAGUCCUCUUGCCCGGAACAAGAACUGCACAAAUGGCUGGUCCCAUCCCACUCUUUAAAAGCAGAGGAGGAAGAGCACACCCACUCGCUGGGACAAUGUAUUCACUGGUUCUGUGUCCUAGAAUUGUGCUUACAAGUUGUUGAACUUUGCAUACUGCCCUUCUUGCUGAAUUUGAGACUGUGCUCUGACUUCACCAACAAAGCUGUUGGGAUUUCCAGAGCCGAGAAACCAAGUCUUUUGUUCAAGGACUGAAGCUAGGGCAGCUUUUUAAAAUGUAGCUUUCUCCCAUAAGAAGUAGUUAUUACUGCCUUUACGAAGAAGAAAGCAAGGUUUUAAAAAGCUUUCCGUUUGCCCAAACUAGUCUUACUGCAAAAACCUAUCCGUAGGUUGCAUUGCAAAUGUGUAUUUGUUUCUGAGGGGUGAAACAGAGGAAGGUGAGCAGGAUAGGAUUUAGUUAGGUAGAAUGUUGCAUUAGUUCAUUAAUUUCCGCAAUCUUCCCAAAUUUAAACCUCUUGCGUCAGACUGUAUGAUCUGAAGAGCAAGUUGUAAAUUCAGAAUAAAAAGUUGUUAUACUAGGCCUUCUGCUUUAUGAAGUUCCUCACUUCUUGUAUUAACUGCUUUCCAGCUGAGCCCUUUUCUCUUAUCUGCUUUUCUUUCCUUUGGAAAACUCUCGGCCCGUGACUAAACUUGAGAGAGUUUUCAGCUAAAGGAGAAAGGAGAAAAGAGUUAAUGUUUAUACCUGGCUAUUUCAAGUCAUGUUUUUUGAAAAGAACAAGUCAUCUUUAAAUCCACUUUUUUUAAUAUACUGACCGCCAUCGAUCUUGUUUCAUACAAGUAAGGAAAAGAACAAGUUGGAUCAGUUAGCUGGGCCCUUGAUGUGGGACAAAGAUCCAUUAGCGAUCACACAGUGAGAAAAGGAGCCAGGUUGUUAGUAGAGGGGACAGCCCCUCCUCACUGGGGAACCUCUGAGGUCUGAUCGCCAGAUAUAGAAGCAGCACUAAUUCUACAGCCUUUUUAGCCUGUUCCGUCACAAAGAGGGCACAGCUGGGUCACUCGGCUCACUAGUAAUUGUGUUUUACAGACUUCUAAAGCAAUUGGCUCAGUCAGUCCCAAUUCAAUAAAAGUGGAGAGCGAGAGCACUUUUGUUCUAUUUUUUUUUACUUGAAAUUAUUUCAUUCAGCAGUCUGUCUUUUUUAUUACCAGGACUUGACAUUAGCACUCCAAGCUAUAUUAGCAUCCAUUUCAGCAGUUCAGUAAUGGUAUUAAAAAAACACUUAACUUCAACGGUGAAUGGUUGUAUGACAGUGCCAUAAAAAUCCACAUUAAAAAAAACUUAUGUAUUUGUCCCUGCAAUUCCCCCCCUCACUUGUUUAACCACUUCAAAACUGUGCUGUCAUUUGCAAAAAAACUUUUUGCUCUGACGGAAACCCAAGAGAGACCAGCUCAACUGCUCUCCUAGCCCCCUCAUUUCCCAGAAGUGGGGAGAAAUGAGAGCAAUUUAAAGGGAAAUAAAAAUAAAAAUCCAGGAGCCCAAAUGUCUGUUGUUUAGGAACUGGAGAGAAAUAACCCUCCAUUUACCACAUCUGUUCCAAAACAUACUGAUGUCAAUGAGUAUUUGCCUGUUGGGUUCAAUAGGUAAUUAAAACAGAAGCCAACCAAGAAAGGACUAAUAAACUCAAAAUACCUGAGGUAAAAGUGUUUGGCACCUUACGCCUUCGUGGGACUUAUUUUGAACCCAGCACUCUCUCAGUACUUGGAAUGAGACCUUAAGUACCUUGGCAAUGCGUGGUGCUCAUAAAUGACAACAUUAGGUUCUAAAUUUUGAUUAAACCUUCUGUAAUUAAUCAAUGGUAGAUAUGAAGCAGUUGUUGGGGUCCAGAGCUGCAAAAUGCUCGAGACAUAAAACAUUACAAAGUAAUUAGAGUGCUCUCCUUCACUAGAGAAAGGAUUGCCUUCAAUAAAGAGGUAAAUGAUAGCACCGUGUUUAUUGUGGACGUAGGCAGCCAGUGCAAUAUGAUAAACUGCAGGAGAUACACAUAUCAGUAAUCAUCUGCAUUAUUAGUGUCAUUAAUCAUAAUUCUAAAAAUAUGACAGCAGCCGCCAACUUUUGACCAAUUUUCCUUCUGCCUGUUGGCCGUUAUAACUUCACUAAUAGACCGCAGAGCUCCUGUGUGUGUGGCAGUUUUGCAUUGAGAAUGGAAGGUUAAUUAUAUUUCAGCUGCUGAUUCCUUCUCUCCUUGGAAAAGCCUUAGCACUUUGACAAUCCCAGGAGCUUGCUGCUGUUAAACCGGUAAAACUUCUUUAUUGAAAUUUUCUUUGUUGGUCAGGAGUGAGUAGAUGUUUCAAAUGAGAUAUAAGCGCCAGGCUGGGACGGUUGCUCACCAUUCUUGCUGUAAAGUAAUCUUUGGAAGCCAAGCUGAAUUCAUACUUCCCUCUUUGCUUGGCCUCCGGUGGGUAGGUAUUUCUCUUUUUUUCUUUUAAAAAAAUGGCUCUCAGAAUUUAAUAACCAAUAGCAAUAGUGAGCAUGGAACAAUUUCGUGGGAUCCCAGUGCUUCAAUCCGGAGCUGGUGCAGAUACCCUAGUGGUGGCAAUCAGCCACUGAAGCACAGCUAGACAACUACUGAAAAUAUCAUAAGAAAUAAUGUAUGUGUGUGUGUGUGUGUGUGUGUGUGUGUGUGUGUGUGUGAGAGAGAGAGAGAGAGAGAGAGAGAGAGAGAGAGAGAGAGAGAGAGAGAGAGAGGGCACUUAUAACAAGCACAGUGUGAUUGAAGUAUUGCCAACGUCCAAUUGGAGUCCAAGACACCUUUGGAUUAGGGAGGAGCUUGAGCAGGAGGGGGGGGGAAAUCACCCAGAUUUGAGGUUGGAUGCUAAGAUAAGGAAGUUCAUGGAAGGAAAGUUUCCCCACCUCCUCCUUCUCCACAUUACAUUCUGCAUUGUUCAGGAGCUGCCGUCGCCCCCCAUCCUGCAGACAGUGUAGGUGCCUUCAAUGGGGGGAAAUUGGCAGGGAGACAUUUCCCCACGAACUUCAUUUAGUCAAUUUAUUUUGGAACCCAAGCCAAAGUAACUCUGAUUCAAGAAUGCUUGACUUCCACAUUCCAUAUGACUUCAAAUGCAGUCCACGUGUUAUCCACGUGUUAGGUCCUUAUCCUAAAUUAACAAGUAGCCCAUAGCACAAUACCAACUUAUCCAACUGAAAAUGACGUCAGUUUUAGGAGUAUUUCUCCAAGAUUUAAUUUCACACCUAACCCAGGGGGGUUAUAUUGUAAAACCUGUUACCAUUAUACUCAUUUUGGUUUGUAAUAGGAGGGCAUUAUCUCAGAUAGGCAUGCAUGUUCACCACACCUUGACUGUAGCAUAUAGUAAUAGCUUACAUUCGUGGGCUGAAGUUUGGCUCGUGAAUGUAUGCUACAAUCACAUGAUAUGGAAAGCUGAACUGUGCUGUUCACCUGAUCAAGCAGCACAGUUCCCCUUGUCAUAUCAUCUUGCAGCACAAGUGCUUUUUCGGUGGAGGAAGUUCACGCAUUUCACUGUGAGUCAUAAAAGAGAGAAUUAUCAACUGAUGGGCAUGCAUGUGUGAGCAGUCUCCUUUUCAACCGUUUCGUUUCAAAGUUCUGCAUAUAUCCAGCAUUUAAUUCAAUGUGCAUUCCAAUGUGUGCUGCAAAGUCUCCAAGCCUGCUAGGAGCAAGGUUAUGCCGGAGACUUUAUAUGCUUUAGUUGCUUUACAUGAACAUUGUAAUCACUGGUUCAUGGGUCACGGAGAGUCAACAAUCACUUAAAGGGAUUUGCACCACAGUGAACCAAAAUAGUCACAUAGCAUCACAGGGACAUCUAUUUUUUCGAGGUUGUCAUUCUUUUUAAUAUAAAAUAAUAAUUUUUAUCUUCUAUAUGACCCUUUAGCAGAGCUCCUAGCAGAGCUGUUUACAAAAAAAAGAGAGGCACAAAAUAUAUCACAGCCUAUAUAUUUCCCUAGCCUGCUCCUUUGGAAUGGGGGAAGAAGGAUCACAGACCUUGCCUAAGUGCUGUGUUGGAACACAAGUACAUUGUGGGUGGCAUUCCAAUACAGCACCACAAAACCAUUGUUAGGGUUUUGCUUUUUCAGUUGAGCAGUAUAUAAAUUAUGCGAAAUAAUAAUAGGCAGACAAGUCAACUUAAAAAUAGCAAAGACUGGGAUUUGGGGCAUUUAUUUAUUAUUCGUUCGCCAACCAGUAAACAAGGUGGCACCAGACUCAGUUCAGAGAUUCCCAAACAGUUGUAACAAAUGCCUGCUUGGAUGUUCUGAUAAGAAAGGGGAGGAGGAAGUUUGGAUUAAAUAUUUCAUUUUAAAAAUCACUCUCACUUCAAAAUACGUUCCGAUAAAUAAAUCUCAGGAAGUUGUUAUUCAUUAAGAAGGAAUUUUGCUUUUCGUGGAUAGCCUAUAAAAAAAAGCCACCGGAGUUAUGUUCCACAGGUACGUAUGAAGCUUUCGUGCGUAGAUGAAAAACCUCGAUAAUGGCAGCGGCCUGAUCAUACCAAGCAAUGAGGUCUGUGAAGCUGGCCUGCCUAAAUCGCUGCUGUCUUCUAUAUCAGAGAAAAAUGGUUGGUAAAUGUUGAUAAUUUUUGGUCAAUAUUUUUUGUUUAAAUUUUCUAGACCAGUUUGCAUCCAGGCAGCUGGUAAAGCGUGAGGUUGACGUGUCACAAUGAAACUUACAGGUGCUCCUGAAUAACUCUGGCAACUAUCGCCAGUGGUUAUGCUUCCUGUUUGUAAUGCCUUUUGAUCUUUUAAUGAACAACAAUAGUAAUAUAUUCAGAAUGUGCCUUGACCUUGAUGCUUGUGAGCACAUGCAGCUGUUGGAAAAAAUGUAAUUCUGUUCACACCGUAAGAGCCAUCUCAUUUAACACCUCAACAGGUAUGUACUGAAUUACCAGGCUGUUCUGGAGUGCUCUCAGCUCUUACUUCUACAACAGAACUGCACAAGCAGAUGGCAUGGCAGGCAGAAAACCCCACACUAAAACCCCUUGCAUGACCUGCCCAAACGUCAUAAUAUCAUUAUCGGCAGAAGCGUGCAUUCCUUGGUGAUAACAAAUUGCUUUUCCUUUUACUCUGCAUUUUGUAUGCAAAAGUCUUGGCCGCCCCUGCCAGCAGCCCAAUAAUUCUUGCUAACAUCUUCCGAGUUACAGCAUUUAUAAAGUUGCAAAGUGGGGUAAACAAACCAUCUGUUUGGCUUUGCCAUAUAUGUCAUGCUCUCUUAUUAGCAUAUUACGAUUCAUUUAGUAAACAAAUUUGGUGAUUUUGUUCAUGUCAAAGUCAGAGGGAGCUUGAAGAUGAUUAACAUUCCUGGGACGGGCGCAUUAAUACAUUGCUUCCUCUGCAAAGUUAAGUGGCUUCUCGGGAGAAUCGCCCCUUGUUGACAAGAUGAGACUGUCAAUUUUGUUUGCCUGCCACAUUAGGGGCCAUAAGGGGAUGGCAAGCUCUGAGAAUGAGGAACGGUGGAGGCAGCAUCAUUCACUGCGAAUUGAGAAAAGAAGUCUAAUUCUGAUAAAUGGUCGACCCCAAUACAUCCUACCUGUUAUUACAACAGACGUGCCGUAUCUGUGCAGUAAAUUAGUUAAACCCCUAAAGAGUUUGGUGAGAGCUUAUCUUCAAGUGAAUAAUUUGAGAGGAGAGGGAGCUGUCUUCGUGACCAGUGUGAAUGAUUUGUUUCAUAUUGAAAGGGAUGGGAAUGACUGGGCUCCACGUUUAAUUUGCAAGAAUUUGCUUGUCCUUUUAUUUCCUGCAUUUAAUAAGCACUUCUUUACUUCUUCUUCUUCUUCUUCUUCUUUUCUUUUCUUUUUUUAAUAGGUGCUGAACUGUAUUUUACCUUUUGGAUUUUCUUCCUAUGAAAGGUUAAUAUUUUCUCAGAUUCUAUGCAAUUCAUAAAAAAGCUUUAGAAACAAAUGUCACUUGUGCUGCUGGAGUAGAAUGUUUUGCAUUUCACUGGGCAGCCAAGUAGUGCCCUGUGUACAGCCACUGCUCUGAAACGUUGGCAAUUGGGGGGGGGCUGCCAUUAAGCAUCACCAGUUAUGGACACAACAGAUGCUACAUACAUGCACACAGCAAAAUAUGAAGAUAUACUCUUCAGGCUUCUGUGGGUAGCCCAAUUUUUCAGUGCAAGAAAAGGCAUUGGGAAGAGAAGAUUAGGAAAUAAGAAAGUUUUGGUUUCCAGUUUUUAGGUAAAAUCAGCCCAAAUGCCAUAUCUGCUCACAAUCGUGUCAAAGGAGUUGAGGGCUUCCUUCUGUUUAAAGGAAACACCAGGAUUUAACUCAUAAAUUUGCAUACUUAUUUUGUUCGUUCUGAUGUUUCCAUUUAGAUUUCAUGCAAGACUGUAGCUGAGGGAGGGAUCCUUCCCCCCUUUGUGGAAAUUCCCUGCCUGAAUUUUCAGCUUCUGGGAAUAAAAGCGGCUCCCUAGCUCCCUUACAUUUGCGGAAACCUAAGGAGAGGCAUAAUAGGCAACAUUGUGCCAGAUUAUUCAGUAUAAAUUCAACCUGCACCCACCUUUCAUUGUGUUGGCCAAUGAAUGCAAAGCACUGGGUUACCUGAUAAAAGUCAGUGUGGUGUAGUGGUUAAGAGCGGUAGACUUGUAAUCUGGGGAACAGGGUUCGCGUCUCCGCUCCUCCACAUGCAGCUGCUGGGUGACCUUGGGCUAGUCACACUUCUCUGAAGUCUCUCAGCCCCACUCACCUCACAGAGUGUUUGUUGUGGGGAGGAAGGGAAA